GCGCAGAGAGCGCAUGUUCUGGCGACGUUUCCGGCGGAGUGCGCGGGUUUCAAGCUGGGGUGAGCGCUAUGGUGGAGAAGGAAGAAGCGGUGAUCAGUGAGGAGGAGGCGGCUCAGUAUGACCGCCAGAUCCGCCUCUGGGGGCUCGACGCCCAGAAACGGUUACGUGCUUCCCGGGUGCUGUUGGUGGGAAUGAAGGGACUGGGCGCUGAAGUGGCAAAAAACCUCAUUUUGGCAGGUGUCAAGGCACUGACUCUACUGGACCAUCAGCAGGCAACACCAGAGGAUUCGAGAUCUCAGUUCCUCAUUCCCACCAGCUCUUUGGGAAAAAAUCGAGCCAAGGCAUCUCUGGAGCGUGCACAAAACCUGAACCCUAUGGUGGAAGUGAAGGUCGAUACUGAAAACAUUACAGACAAGUCACAGGAGUUCCUCGCCCAGUUUGAUGCAAUCUGCCUGACUUGCUGCCCACGGGAUGUGAUGGUCCGAAUUGACCAGUUCUGCCGAUCGCAUAACAUUAAAUUCUUUGCUGGUGAUGUCUUCGGCUACCAUGGUUACAUGUUUUCUGACUUGGGAGAACAUGAGUUUGUGGAAGAGAAGCAGAAGGUGGUGAAAGUUGGACCGGGUGAGGAAGAUGGACCCAAAGCUAAAAAAGUGAAGAUUGAUCCAAAUGAAACUACAUUGAUCAAAAAGACAGUGCGUUUUUACCACCUUAAGGAGGCACUGGAAGUAGAUUGGAGCAGCGAAAAGGCAAAGACGUGUCUGAAACGCACCCCUACUGAUUAUUUUCUUCUGCAAGUUCUGUUGAAAUUCCGAAGCACGAAGGCUCGAGAUCCGUUGCCGGAAUACUACGAAGAAGAUUCAGAACUACUGCUGCAGCUGAGGAGCAAAGUGUUGGAUUCUUUGGGGGUGAAGAGUGACCUGCUUACAGAUGAAUUUGUCAGCUCGUGUUUUUCAGAGUUAGCACCAGUGUGUGCUGUUGUGGGUGGAGUGCUCAGUCAGGAAAUUGUGAAGGCCUUGUCUCAACGGGAUCUUCCACACAAUAACUUCUUCUUCUUUGAUGGAUUGAAUAGUAAUGGAAUUGUCGACUGCAUUGGACCUAAAUGAGAAAAGUCUUCAGAAGAUCAGCAAUGGUUAUUGAGUCUUCAAAGUGCACCUACCCAGCCAUUCCUGCAGCCUUUGGCUGCAAUCACCGUUGAACACCAAUACAUUUUUUUAAAGAAAAGCGUCCAGACAAAGUUACUUAGAUAAUGCGAGAUAAUUUUGUAUGAAACUGGAAAAUUGAAAUUGACAAGUUAAAUGGGCAGUGAAUGAAGAAGUCAGUGUUGGGUAUCUCCACAUCCAAAUAAAUGCAGUUAAAGUCACUGUCGAUAUUCCGUUUCACUUUGAGUAAUGUUGAUGUUAUCUUGUGCAUCUGGUUAUUAGCAGUUGAUCCUGCUCAGAUGUAUGCAGCUGGCAUGUCCGUACAGUUCACAGCUGGGCAUGGCUGUUUCUGCCACACAAUUCAUACACAUAUACUCACUCACAUCACUGAGGUUUUUAUAGGCAGGUCUAAUUCAAAAGGAAGCAUUUGAUCCACUCAGCAUGACAAACACUAUUAUUACCAAACCCGAAACAUUAACUUGGAUUUCUCUUUACAGAUGCUGUCUGACCUGCUGAGCUUUUCCAGCAAUUCCUGUUUUUGUUAUGAAUAUUACUAUUUCUGAUAAUCAUAAUGCCAUUAUAAUUGCAGAGCUGGUCCGUUCUUAUAGUAGCAGCACUGAAGAGGAAGUUAACGGUCAAAAACCUCGAACCUUCUUGUCUACUGUUCCUCUGUCCUUAGUUCCUGUGUUGUGUCCAUUCCACACUGAUCUCUCAUCUCUCCAGUUUCUGGCUCCCACUGGCAGAACAUCAGCUGUAAAUAUAUCAAAGUGAGAUGCUGAAAAUGUGAAGAUCGAUAUUCAUUUAAACCUUUGCACAAGGAUCCAUAACUUUGUCAUUCUUGAAAUGCUUAGCCAUCCCAUCCGUGAACUGACCCAUGUUGCUGAACAUGAAACCUCUGAAGAUUCUUUUGCGUCUUUGCACUUGCUACAUAAUGGGGUAUUAGCUUAGGUGACCAAUUGCUUAUGUAGGGUGCGCAUGGGGCUGAUGAGGCAAAUAUAAAUUGCCUUUUGGGGAGGUGAUGAUUUAGGAACUGCUGCUCCCUUCAUUGUGGUGUAGAUGUGCCUAGAGCACUGAUGGAGAGCAAAUCUCAGCAUUUUGACCCAGUGACUGUGAAAGAAGUGAUAUAGUUCCCAGUUGAGGGUAGGUUUUUGAGGAGGGUAUUUAGAAAGGUAGACGGCUAUAGACACAGAAUUGCAGAACUUAGAUCCCAGUCAUGGCUGCCAGUGGUAGAACCAUCAAAGUCCUGGAUGUGCAAGAAGCCAUAAUUUGCAACAGUGAAAAGAUCUUGUAAGGUUGGAGCAGGCUACUGAGAUAAGGAGUGAAAAAGCCAAGGAGGAAUUUGAAAACAAAACUGAGCAUUUCUGAUUGAGUAAUCUGCUGGAACUUGUUAGUUGAACUCACUUAAUGAGCUGCCCAAAUCUGUCCUUGGUACACCAGUUAGAACCAACAGGGAGUUAUCUCUAUGUUGUAGCCCACUAUCCAAUGCUCUUUUUAAUGUUAAUAGGCAGGCUGAGUUUCCAAUAAAAGAAAUAUUGGAAUUUUUUUGAGAGCUCAAACCUGUUGUGGGCGUGUUAUUUCAAUGCAAUCCAAGGUGGAAAGGACAGAGUAACAGUUGGAAAUAAACCACUGUGAAGCAGACAAAGCACAAGUUUAUGUUUGGUUUUCUUGGGUUGGUUUGCCUGGAACAGAUCAUUAGUCCAAAGGCAAAGACUAUAGCUUGAGGGGCACCACUCUAUGUCAAGCGUUGCUGACCAUGAAAGUUUCCCACUGUUAGUGCCACCCAUUGCCUUGCUAGAAUGAUUUGUAGGUUGGUCAUCAACCUGUUUUGGCUGACAAUGAAUGUAUUUUCCUUGACCAUCAGGUCCUGUGUGGGACUUGAACCUGGAGCUUCUGGUUUAGAAGCAGGGAUGCGACUUACUGUGCCCUAAAAGCUGAUCGAAGGAUGGCUUCCAGGGGCUCAUGUGGUGCAGAGUUUCCCUACCCCUGGACUGUAAAUCCCAGCUGCUGCAGAGGUAUGCAGUAACGUCUCUGAACAGGUUGAUUAGAAAAAUAGGUGAAAACAAAAAGGACAGCUUCCAUGCACUGAACUUUCCAGGAAGCUGUUAGUUAAUUUUGGGAAACCAGAUGCUUAAAAUGUACCAGCAAGCAAACCAGUUAUCUUUGGAAAACCCUAAAGAGGAUAGAGACUGUCAAGGAUUUAAUCAGAAGAAAUGAAGAAAGUUAUUUUAAACUGUUAAACAAUUCAAUGUUCUUUAGAAAGCUAAAGAUAAAAUCAAUGUAAAUGUUUCUAAUAAUUAACAAGGACAUAGAGCUACUUAAAGAAAUCUUUGCCAUUUCACUCAUUCACUCCGUGUUAUACUAGGAAUUGAGAUGAUAUGUGCAUCCAUGUAGGGAAGGUGACGACCUGGUGGUCAUAUUGCUUGAGUGUUAACCUAGAGACCCAGGUAAUGUUCGAAACCUCCCACAGCAGAUGGUGGAAUUUGAAUUCAAUAAAAGUCUGGAAUUAAGAUGCUAAUAUUUCAAGCCCAUGAAUCCAUUGUCAGUUGUUGGAAAAACUCACUGGGCCACUAAUGUCCUUCAGGGAAGGAAACUACCAUCCUUACCUGGUCUGACCUACAUGUAACUCCAGACCCACAGUAAUGUGGCUGACUCUUAAAUAUCCUCUGGGAUGAUCAAUAAAUGCUAGCUGAGUCAAUGACACACUCAUUCCAUGAAUGAAUAAACAAAAAAAUUGACAGAAUUGUUAUAGCCAUUCUGUCCAUCAUGUCUGCACUGCCUCUCCAAAUGAGCACUCCAUAUUUUAAUUUGUUCAUGGCUGGCAUUUGUGGCCCAGAGGGCAGCUCAAAAUCAAAGACAUUACCGUGGAUCUAGGUCAGGCCGGGUAACGGCAGCAGAUUUCCUUCCCCAAAAGAGCAUUGGUGACCCAGAUGGGAUUUUAUGACAACAGCCAUUGCAUGGUCACCAUUAAACUAGCAUUUUUUUUCCCCCAAAUUUCACUACCUGCCCUGGUGGAAUUCAAAUCCCAACUCCAGGUCCCCUGAGCAUUAACCUGGAGUUCCCGAUUGCUUACCUCAGUGACAUUAUUAGUAAGCCACCAAUUCCACUUUGUGCAAUGUUCCUUCUCUUCCGAGAACUGUCUAAUUCCCUUUGGAAUCCCUCCAUUGAGCUUGCCUGCACCCGAUUCUCAGACAGCGUAUUCCUGACCUUAACCACUGGCCCCGUGAAAAAGACACUCCUUGUGUCAUACUGCUUCUUUUACGAAUGAGUUGAAUGUUUUGAUGUCAAACAAGUUCUUUACCCUGUACUGUAUAACUGCAGUGAUGUUGUAAUUCUUGAUUUCAACAUUGAAGUGCUUACAAGCGACUGUACAGAAUGUCAGUGUGCAAACAUUCAUAGUCACCGCUCUGUCAAUCGAGAUGUUAACCCUUUAAUUGCACCUGGGUUAGUGCAUCAGUUUAUACAUCACAGAGGGCUUUGAUAAGUCAACACUUCAAUUUUGUGACAUUUUCAGCAUUGUAUUCCUUUUAUCUUGAAGUAGUUUGUUGUAGGCUAUCUGUGUUCUCUUUACCUUUGACUCAAUAAGCAAUUAAAAGUCAUU